AUGGCAGUACCAGCGACAAAAACUCCAGGGGGAAAAUGGAUCUCCGGGGAGAUCAAGGAGGCCCUGUUGCUAGCACCGACUGAUCAGCAUGGUAAAAUAAAACUCAAGUUGAAAGUACACUGGGAAUCGGAUGGGAUCCAAUUCCAAGAAUCCAUACCACCCCGUAGAAUCGAUGAGACGACUACUUAUACCGGCAAAACAUCAAAGAAACCAAAUAGAUCUUGCCAAGAUUACGUAGCCAAAGCUUGGCCCGAGACUGGAGCUGAUGUGCCGGAGGCCUUGAUGGAGUUUUUGGACUACCGGCACUCUUUCGGCUUCGACAACUUGAGCUACAAGAUCGACUUGAAUUGGGUCGAGCGGUAUGCUCAGUAUACUGCGGAAAUUCUCGGGCCGCUUGAGCAGGUUGGGGACAUUAUUCAACAGCUAGCAUGGAUUACAGCCACAUUUCGCAACUCAAACUUUUCGACGCAAGGCACUUGCAAGGUCGGGCUUAGCUGGACCAAGGAACGGGGUGAGGUACAUGUUGAAAUAAAGCCUCUGCCUCUUGGCCCAUCCCCGGAGCCAGAUUCUGAGAAUUUGAUCUACGCAGCAAACUCGCGCCAAUACGUGUUUGAAUACAAUUCGGAGGAUGAGUUGUUUCUUCAGCCCAUGAAGGAAGACGAAGACGAUUCGGAGGCUGAGUUGUUUCUUCAGCCCGAGAAGGAGGACGAAGACUAUUCGGAGAUUGUUUUGUCUCUUCAUCCCAAGAAGGAAGACGAAGAAAAUAAAGAGCAAUCAAGGUCCGCACUGAGGCGUUGGGCCAGAAAGCUUUUCGGAGGCUGUUGGUCAUGA